CGACUCUUUCAUGGUAACCUUGGCUACAUUUCUUCGUAAUUUCUAGCCUCGGGGAAACUUGACGAGUCUGACUUGUAAUAAAAAAUUAUAUUUAGACUAAUCGUCUUGUAAUUGAUUUCGUACUCCGCUCUUGUAUUCUUCUUAUAAGUGAAGCCAGAAUAUGAAGCCAGUAGGCAUCUAAAGAAAUUAGAAUAGAGAUAGAUCAUGAUAAAACUUUUAAUCAACCCCAUCAAAAUUAACCUCUUCAAGAUUCGACUACGUCGGUAAUCAUCUUUCUGGUGCCAUGGCAAUCAACUUCAGGCGCAGCUUUCGUGAUUCUGUGAACCUGGUUGACAGAAGCUCAAGGUGGACUAAAGAGAAACGCGAUCAGUUUGUUGAUUGUGUAACACUUUGGUUUGUUAUGGAUAAGGGGGAGAUCUUGAGCAAGUGCGAGAAGAACGUGGCUGUGUGUCUGGCUGUUAUAGUCCAGCUAGCAAUCAUAGUUAUCAAUAGCUUUCUUUUAGGGGAUGCAGAGGUUUUACCGAGAUGGAAAGCUACCUGGAUUGCAAGGAUGUCAAUAUUUGCCAUUUUCUUUCUCACUUUAAAGAUUUGCGUGGAAAUGAAAAGAUUCAAGUUGACAUGGAGGAACAAUAAAGAAGUACGGGUUUUCAUCAUAACGCAUGUUCUACAGUUUCUGAUUCCUCUGUUAUAUUUAUCACUAGCCUACGCUUACUUGUUGGGGGUCGAUACGACUAGCCAUCACAUGAGAAGUGAUUGGAAACUGAGUGCAUCUAGUAUCAAAACAUGGAUUCAUGUAUUAGGAAGCCUGCUAUCGUUCAUCGGGGCAUUAUACUAUUGGACACCUGAUGACCACCAAUGUAUAAUUGCAUUCGCAACAAAUGUGGAUAAUUCAUCUGUUGCAGAAAAUGUAUCACAUGUGGUGGUACAUGUAGAUGCAGGGAAUCAAGCUGUUGGAGAUGCAAAUGCGGAGAGUCACCCUGUUUGUGUGGAGAAUCAACCUGCUGGAGAUACAGCUUUUGAAGUGGCGAUAAACAUGAAUGUGGAUCAAACUGUUGGUGCUGCAGACGCAACUUGUGAAGUGGCGGUAAAAAUACCUGUGGAUCAGGUUAAUUUGGAAAUGGUGGCACAGAAUAAUGCGGAGAGUGAACCUGUCGGUGUGGAGAAUGCAGGAACAAAUUUGGAAGCGGUGGGACAGACGAAUAUGAAGUAUCAGGCUGCUGCAGAUUCAUCGGUAGCAGCAGUGCAGAGCAAUUUGGAGAAUCAACCUGCUGCAUAUGCAAAAUUGGAUGUGGUGAUGCUCAUCAAUAGCGAAAAUCAACCUGUUGAACAUGCAGAUGUGGAAGGGGUGGUAAGGAAGGAUGCGGAGGAGCAACAUUUUGCAGAUGCAAAAUUGGAUGUGGUGAUGGAGAACAAACCUGCCAAUGCAAAUUUGGUACAUGUACCAUGAUACAAUUAAGAGUAAGUAUAUAUAGUGGUGGUUGAACUUUAUCUAUUUCUUCAUUUUGUUGGCCGGAAUUUUAAAUUUGUAAUAGAAUGGUUAUAUAUUGUUUUAA